AUGACUUGUUCAGGUGACCAAGAAUCAAGAAAAGGUGUCUUCAGUCAAGGAAGACAGAUUGACUGUGGUGAGUUCCGGGAUCCCAAGGUCUACUGCACACGGGAAUCUAACCCCCACUGUGGCUCUGACGGCCAGACAUAUGGCAAUAAGUGUGCCUUCUGUAAGGCGAUGGUGAAAAGUGGUGGGAAGAUCAACCUAAAGCAUCAAGGAAAAUGCUGA